CAGAGCUGCAGAAAAAAAAGAUGUCCUGGCUCUUUAAACAACUUGAACCGAGGUGGAGGAGGCGGAGUACACCGGGUGCUUGGCACUGUCAACAUCCUGAGCAGUUGACUGCAAAAUGGCGGACUGCAGAGAAGUCCAAAGACACACUGACAGUGACGAUGACUCGUACGAAGUGGUGGACCUUUCGGAUUAUGCAAGACGCCAUCAGUGGUGGAGUCGCGUCUUUGGCCAGAAUUCUGGACCCAUUGCCGAGAAAUAUUCUGUUGCAACGCAGAUCAUGAUGGGUGGUGUAACUGGCUGGUGCGCAGGGUACCUGUUCCAGAGGGUUGGGAAGAUUGCAGCAACUGCGGUUGGCGGCGGCUUCCUUUUACUACAGAUUGCAAAUCACAGCGGAUACGUGCAGGUCGACUGGAAGAAGGUAGAAAAAGACGUCAACAAAGCUAAAAAGCAUCUUAAAAAGAAGGCGAACAAAGCCGCCCCUGAAAUCAAUAGCUUCAUUGAAGAGUCUACGGAGUUUGUUAAGAAAAACAUAGUGCUUUCCAGUGGAUUUGUGGGCGGGUUCCUGCUGGGACUGGCAUCUUAAAGCCAGUUUGGAGAGAUGACCUGAGAUCCAGAAUAAUAAUAACUGUGAAGUAUUUCCUCUGACUGGGCUGGUAUAAGAGAAGGCGCACAAGCAGAGCAAAGCCAUGGCAUGCUGCAGUUCUCUCCUUCCCUUUACUGAGUCUCUAGAGCCAUUCGAAGCUGGGCUUCUUAAACACAAUACAAUUAAGACUGUACGGGAUAUAGGCUUUGCUUUACGUGUUUCAUUGCAUUCUGAACUGUUUUGCCUCGCCAUUGAUGAGUAAUCUGUUUUGUUAAAGGAUUAUUUUAAUUUUACUGGACAAGAAACAUGACUACGCAAGGUAUAUGACCAAGUGCUGAAUAUAUUCCUUAAUAUUAAGGGUCACGUUGAGUUACAAUUGAAUUAUUUUGCCUCUGUUUAACAAUGAACGUUACAAUGUGUAUUAGAAGGAGUGGGAUAAUAUAUUUAUUGCUGUACUGCCAUAACAUAUAAAUGAGAAAAUAAACUUUUUUUUUUGGU